ACCUAUUAUGUCCCCCCAACACCGCCCAAUCCAAGACCUAACCAAAGGACACCUAAUUCACAUAUACUCGAAGCAUACGAAUACUUAUGUAGUAGAAUUUUAUUUAAAUCAGAUAAUUCGAACUAUGGCAUCUUACUAGACGAUGAAGAAUAUAUUGAGAGAGGUGAUCACUGGACACCAAUUUCGGAGGCAUCUUUAAGAAGACGUAUAGAAAAUGAUGACUGGAGCGAUAUGAAUCCCGGUCAGGCCCAAGAAAUGUUAGAUCAAAUGUAA